AUGAAUAAUUAAGAUCUUUCAAAAACAAUUUAAACUAAUUUGUUUUAAGGAUUGAUGAAUAGAGACUAAUGCAUGGAAUUAGCUAAAAAAAUUAUGAAGCUUUAUGAUUCAGAUUAAAAUAAUUUAAUGGAAGUAAAAGAUGCAGGAAACUUGUAAUCUGAUUGCUAUAAAGCAAUAAAUCUUGAUUUUAAUCCUUCUUAAAGUGAUAUCAAAGGAUAUGCAAAAAUUUUCAAUCGUAAAUGAUACUAUUUAACAAUAUAGGAGAUAAUACAGGAAAAAUAUCGGUAAAUGAUAUUGAACUCUUGUGUUUUAAAUAUUUUGGAGGUAAUACUGACUUGACAAAUUAGAAUUUAUAGAAAGGAGAAACUACUAAAGUAAGUCCUAUCUAAGCUGAAGAAAAAGUAGACACUCCUUCCAAAUUAUAAUAUUCAUCAACUUACAGAAGAUGGGGAUCUUAAAAAUCAAUCUAAGGUUCUUAAACUUCUAUAUAACCUAAUCAAUAACAAGCAUCAUAAUCUUGUGUUGUACCUUGUACAACAUAAUAAGAACCUCAAAAGUACAGUAAAUUAGCAGAAUCACGAUUACAGGUUGCUAGAAGAAUUUUUAAAAUGCUAGACUAAGAAAAUAAUGGAUUCAUAACAGAAAAGCAUGUUUCUCCUUUGUUGGUGGAAACAUAUAAAAAUAUGGGAAUGCAAAUUGAACCAACAAGAGAAGAUAUAGAUAUGUGGAUGGAAAUGGCUGAUCAAGAUAGAGAUGGAAAAGUCUACUUGAUUGAUUAUGAAGGCUUAGUCUUAAAAAGUCUAAGAUCAUAAGGUAUAGAAAUAGAUUGA